CUCCUCAGCGGUGCCGUUGUGGGGCCGGCAUAGUGGGCCUUUGACCCGGCGGUGGGCCCCGAGAGAACCGAGGCGGCGCUGAGGGACACCCGCUCUCCCACCCGCCGGUCCCUGCCUUUCUCCCUCCGUGGGCGUUGCUGCGCCGGGCGGCACCAUGCCGUGCACCUGCGGCAACUGGCGGCGCUGGAUCCGGCCGCUGGUGGCCACCAUCUACGUCGUGGGGCUGCUGGUGGCCGUGCCGCUCUGCGUGUGGGAGCUGCAGAAACUGGAGGUUGGAAUCCAUACCAAGGCAUGGUUUAUUGCGGGAAUCUUUUUAUUGAUGACAAUACCUAUAUCUCUUUGGGGAAUAUUACAACAUUUAGUUCACUAUACUCAACCUGAAUUACAGAAACCAAUAAUAAGGAUUCUGUGGAUGGUGCCAAUUUACAGUCUAGACAGUUGGAUAGCAUUGAAGUAUCCCAACAUUGCAAUAUAUGUGGAUACUUGUAGAGAAUGCUAUGAAGCUUAUGUCAUCUAUAACUUCAUGGUAUUUCUUUCAAAUUACCUGACCAAUCGGUAUCCAAAUCUGGUGUUAAUCAUAGAAGCCAAAGAUCAGCAGAAACAUCUACCACCAUUGUGUUGCUGUCCACCUUGGGCUAUGGGAGAAGUGUUGUUGUUCAGGUGCAAGCUUGGAGUUCUGCAGUAUACAGUUGUCAGACCAUUCACCACUAUUAUUGCUUUAAUCUGUGAGUUGGUUGGUGUAUAUGAUGAAGGAAACUUUAGCUUCAGAAAUGCUUGGACCUACUUGGUUUUUUUCAACAAUAUAUCCCAGCUCUUUGCCAUGUACUGCCUUGUGUUGUUUUAUAAAGUACUACGGGAAGAACUGAACCCCAUCAGACCUGUGGGAAAAUUUCUGUGUGUGAAGAUGGUGGUUUUUGUUUCUUUUUGGCAAGCUGUACUUAUUGCAAUGUUGGUGAAAGUUGGUGUUAUUUCUGAAAAGCGCACAUGGGAAUGGCAAAGCGUUGAAGCUGUGGCAACUGGUCUACAGGAUUUUAUUAUAUGUGUGGAAAUGUUCUUCGCUGCAAUUGCACAUCACUACAGUUUUUCCUACAAGCCUUAUGUGCAAGAAGCUGAAGAAGGAUCAUGCUUUGAUUCCUUUCUUGCAAUGUGGGAUAUUUCUGAUAUCAGAGCAGAUGUAUCAGAACAAGUUCGCAAUGUUGGAAGGACCGUUUUUGGCCACCCAAGAAAAAUGUUUUUUGGUGAAGAUCAUGAACAAAGUGAACACACUAGUUUACUAUCAUCAUCCACUCAGGAUCCAAUUUCCGCUGCUUCUUCUAUACCAUCAUCACCUGUCGGUUACUAUCAAGGGUUUGGACAUACUGUGACUCCAACAAUGCCUCCUGAUUUGACAUCUGAUGGCUUGUGUAACUCUACCGAAGAGAACAACAGUUCUCCUGUUCUAACAGAGAAGCCUGUGGAUAAAACUUAAACCUCUUUUCUGAAAUAUGUAAUGAGGUUUGCUUAGACAUUACUUGCUAUGUUUCUUUUCUGGCCUUGGAAACCCCAUUCUUCCCAGAAUGUCAGCUGUGCCAAGGAGCAUAUAAAACAAACAAGACAAGAUAGUUGGAAUUCCUUUUUAACUAGUGAAUUUCUGAACUGUAAAUGACUACAUUGUACUAUUAUGAAAUGAAACAUAAUGUAAGUUUUAGUGCUAUAAUAUAGUAUUAAAUCACUAUUUGAAUUAAACUGUUACAAUAAUGGAAAAUACUCUAUGGAGCGUAAGAUGUAUGCAUCUUUAAAAAAUGAUUGCAGGGUUUUAAUGAAAUAAUUACAGUAAGUUGAAUAGUGAAUGCUGCUUGGUUCAAAAACCUACCUUUUCAGUAUAGGAGGGGUUAGGUAGAAGGUUGCAGUUUCUGAUUCCCCCCUGAAUCUUUCAAAGUGAUACUUACCCCAUUCCAGAACAUGGUCUCCUAACAUGCCAGAACCUUUAAAGAUUUUAGUUGGGGUGGUGACAUGAAAUUAUCACCAUAAGAGCACUGGCAUGAAUGUUGUACAAUCCUGUUAAGCAGAAGUGUUUGGAUUUAAGCAUUGGAGGUCCCAUUGAGUUGAAGUUUUAUUAUUACGAUAUUAAGUGUAUCUUGGCCUAUGUGUUGGAAGUUGUUCUAGACUGGGACCUUUAAAGCAUUCUAAUUAGUGUUAUAAAAUUGAAUGAGGAUUUUGUCUGUUGAAAGAAUCAUUUUUACCAGUCUGAAAACCCUCACGUAGGCCUUUUCCCCAAUAGAAUCUCAAACAAUUUAUGCUCUUGUAUGAUGUCCAUACCAUUUUAAUGCCUGUUUAAUUCUAAAAACUAUAAGUAGAAUCAAGUACAUAUGUAAUACCAACAGAUGUAAGAUACAAGAAUGUAACAAAUUAGUAUUCUAUGGACUUCAUUGCACAUCUGAUCAAUACAGUGGAUUUUUCUGACCUGUUAAUCACAUUUGUACCUGCACUGCAUGCUUGCUGUCUUAUCUACCUAUAAAAAGCUGCAGCAAGGUUUGCAUUUUUAAGUGGCAUCUUCAGAAAGAACUCAAACUAUUUUCAAUGUUCAGAUGUUCUUUACAGGACUUGAGUUUUUAACUGAUUCUGCGGCUGCUACAGUGAACUCAUCCUAAAAGUGCUUUUGCAGUACUGGUGUGUUUUGUAAAUACUUGGCCUUAUUCACUAGGCUGCAUAUUUUAUGGCUUAAUUUUGUGUGUCCUUAAGUGAAACUGGUUAAAGGGGCAAAUCAUUUAUUCAUUGCCUUUAAUGUAUAUAGCAAAUAAAAUUUUAUUUAAACUCUU